UCAAUCUCGGUCUGGUUUCCUCCCAGUGCUGGAGAGAAAGGAUUGGCAUUUAAAACGCGGUAUUGUUUACUUUUAUGCCGGAUUUCCAGCUAACACACGUAUAUUUCCAUGCUGUCUUAAAGGGAUGUUGACGCUGUUUUAGCUCCAGAUACAAUUCCACGUUGAGAGGUGUGUGUGCCUCAUACUCCUCUUCCCGUGAAUGCCUCUCACCAUGGCUAAGAGGGAGACGGGCAGCACCAGCCCUGUGGUGCGACAGAUAGACAAGCAGUUUCUGGUGUGCAGUAUUUGUCUGGAGCACUACCAUAAUCCGAAGGUCCUGCCCUGUCUGCACACCUUCUGUGAGAGAUGCCUCCAGAACUACAUCCCACCACAGUCCCUUACACUGUCCUGCCCGGUGUGCAGGCAGACAUCCAUCCUGCCCGAGAAAGGUGUAGCAGCGCUGCAGAACAAUUUCUUCAUCACUAACCUGAUGGAGGUGCUACAGAGGGAGGCCGAGUGCUCGCAGCCUGAGGAGCGUAACGUUCUGGAGUCAGCCAGUGCCGCCAACUUGGCUCAGUCUCUGUCCUGCCCCAACCACGAGGGCAAGGUGAUGGAGUUUUACUGCGAGUCGUGUGAGACAGCCAUGUGUCUCGAGUGCACAGAGGGAGAACACCGCGAGCAUGUGACCGUUCCUCUGCGGGAUGUGCUCGAGCAACACAAAGCAGCGCUCAAGAACCAGUUGGAUGCUAUCCGCAAUAGGCUUCCUCAGCUGACGGCAGCCAUCGACGUAGUGAACGAAAUCUCCAGGCAGCUGUGCGAGAGGAAGAGCGAGGCAAUAACUGAGAUCAGCAGCACGUUCGAGGAGCUGGAGAAAGCACUGCACCAACGCAAGAACGCCCUCAUCACUGACCUGGAAAACAUCUGUAGCACCAAGCAAAAGGUGCUUCAGACCCAACUGGCUGCUCUUCUGCAGGGGAAGGAGAAUAUCGAGAGCAGCUGCGGCUUCACCGAGCAGGCUCUGAGCCACGGCAGCGCCACCGAGGUGCUGCUGGUGCAGAAGCAGUUGGGGGAGAGAGUGUCAGCGCUGGCGCGUCACUCUUUCCCAGAGCAGCCGCAUGAGAACGGGCACCUGGAGUGCCAGGUGGAGACCGAGGGCCUCCGUCGCUCCAUCCAGAACCUGGGGGUUCUGAUCACUACUAGUGCUGUGGGUCACACCAGUGUGGCUACAGGAGAGGGACUACGGCACGCCGUAGUGGGCCAGAAUACCACCGUUACUGUUACCACCAAGGAUAAGGCUGGAGAGUUGGUGAAGUCAGGCAGCGCAGCUCUCGUUGCACACAUCACCGGACCCGACGGCGCCGUCACUAACGGCGAUGUGACGGACAACAAGAACGGCACUUACGACGUGGGCUACACUUUAUCCAGUGAGGGUGAGUUCUCCUUCUCCCUGCUGCUGUACGGCCAGGCUGUGAGAGGAAGCCCUUUCCGCCUGCGCGCCGUCAAAGCCAGCGACGCACCGCACUCCCCCGAAGAUGUCAAAAGACGCGUCAAAUCCCCUGCGGGGGGAGGAGGAGGGGCUCACGUUCGCCAGAAAGCACUGCGGCGUCCUGCCAGCAUGUACAGCACCACCAAGAAGAAGGAGAACCCCAUCGAGGACGAGCUGAUUUUCAGAGUAGGCUCGAGAGGGCGUGAGCGAGGUGAGUUCUCCAACCUCCAGGGCAUCUCCACGUCCAUCAAUGGCCGUAUAGUGGUGGCUGACAGCAACAACCAGUGCAUACAGGUGUUUUCUAAUGAUGGUCAGUUCAAGCUACGCUUUGGGGUCAGAGGUCGCUCACCAGGGCAGCUGCAACGUCCCACCGGUGUGACAGUCGACAUGAACGGGGACAUCAUCGUCGCAGACUAUGACAACAGAUGGAUCACGAUCUUCUCUUCAGAUGGAAAGUUUAAAAGUAAAAUUGGAGCUGGAAAGCUGAUGGGACCCAAAGGCGUAGCCGUGGACAAGAACGGUCAUAUCAUCGCUGCAGACAACAAAGCCUGCUGCGUCUUCAUCUUUCAGUCCAACGGCAAACUGGUGACCAAGUUUGGAGCCAAAGGGACGUUAGACAGGCAGUUUUCAGAUAAAAUCACUCCAACCACCCCAACAGAGCCCAAGCUCAGUAAAUCCGGCCCUGCCUUCAGUCCCCAUUUUGUAACCGUGAACAACAAGAACGAAAUAAUAGUGACAGACUUCCAUAAUCACUCCGUUAAGGUUUAUAACGCAGACGGCGAGUUCCUGUUUAAGUUCGGCUCUCAUGGAGAAGGUAACGGCCAGUUUAACGCUCCCACAGGUGUGGCAGUGGAUGGCAACGGGAACAUCAUUGUUGCAGACUGGGGUAACAGCAGGAUCCAGGUGUUUGACAGCUCAGGCUCAUUCCUGUCGUACAUCAACACGUCAGCAGACCCUCUGUAUGGCCCUCAGGGUCUGGCUCUCACCUCUGAAGGACACGUGGCCGUGGCAGACUCGGGGAACCACUGCUUUAAAGUCUACCGUUACCUGCAGUAAAAAAAAAUCCCCUCAAGGGUCAUCCAGCAAAAGUAUUGUACACAUGUAACAUGUUACAUGUACACAUUUUGUUUUUGUUUUGUAUGCACACCACAAAGGCCCCUGCCACUGACACGACCUUGAGUCGAAUCAAAUUGAAGUUCAAGCAAGGUCUGACAUUUUAUCCCUCCUCACUAUUGCACUGAUUCGAACCGAUUGUGAAUUAUGAAUUAAAUCCCGAAAAAAAACUAGACACCGUCACCAACAUACAAGAGUAAUAACAAUCGCUGCACUCCGAGCAGUGUUUGCGAAGGCAGCUACUCUUCAGCUUUUACACAUCAUCAACAUGUUGGUUUAUGACGUAAUUACGACCUUUUCAGAGGCAAGAAAUUCCUUUACUUAUCGACAAGCCGUCUGAAAAGCGUACUGUGAAAACAAGCCAUUUUCUAUCAGACUAACUCUCUUGUGCAUUGACUCGUCGCCGCCGUCAAUGCGUUUGCGUCAUAUCGUGUGCAUUCACUGCUUUUUUGCGAAGUCACAGUGCUUCAAUACGAUAAAGCUUCAAAUGCUAGUGUUUCAUCCACUAUUGUACAGGUAGAGGACACGCAGCUUCUAGUUCUUAUAAUGUUCACCUGCCUUAAAGUUCUCUUACCGUUCGUAUAUCUGACAUGGGUGUCGGCCAUGUGACCCAGCACAACAGACGUGACUCUAGACGUAGUGAAGGAUUUUUAUUUUUUUUUUAUUUUAUUUAUUUUAUUUUGUAUACAGUGUUAUGAUUUUUUGUUUUUGUUUUUUGCAUUUCUGUAACGUUUUUCUGCAAAUGCCUUGACAUACAGUAGACGCUACUGCAUGAACCGCUUCAGGCUAGGAAGCAAACAUAUUGCCAAACACGUACGGUGCACAUCUUCGAGAAAAGAAAAAAACAAACGGACAAAAAAAACAAAAAAAAAAACAAGAAAAGAAUCAAAGCCAGUCUGUGUACAAGACUAGAACGGAGUACGAGACUACAGGUGUUCAUAGUUUUGCUUCUGAAGUUUAGUAGCAUAUUAUAAACCCACAGGAUUCAUCAUUCCCAUAUCGGAAGAUCUGCAUCGAUUUUAAACGUUUAAUUAAUCCCUGCGGGUUUAGUACAAGCUGAAAAAGCAAAGCCAGAGAGAAUGCAUUUUCUUGUCCAGGGCUUAGGAUUGAUUUUGUGCCAAAAGUAACAAAAUUACAAAAAAAAAAAUGUAAAAUACUAUCAUCACAAUGAAAACAAACCUCCUCCUUCUAUCAGCUGCUCCCGUUAGGGGUCGUCACGGCGGUUCGUCAUCCUCCAUCUUCCUCUUUCCUCUGCAUCUUCCUCUGUCACACCAACCAUCUGCAUGUCUUCUCUCACCACAUGCGUAAACCUCCUCCUCGGCUUUCCUCUCUUCCUCUUGCUCAGCAGAUCCGUCCUCAGCAUUUUUUCUUCCAAUAUACCCCAUAUCUCUCCUCUGUACAUGGCCAAACCUUCUCAAUCUUCUUAACUCUCUAAUAUUCUAAUUAACUCUGCCACCUCCAGCUCUGCCUCCUGUCUUUUAGUCAACGGCAUCAUCUCUAAGUCCAUAGCUGGUCUAACCACAUAUCUUGUAGAUAUCACCAUGAAAACAAAUGAUAAACAAAGCUUUUCAAACAUAGCUUUAUUAAAGAAAUAAAAGUUUUUAUAAAUAUACAUAUAAUACAUGUAGGAUGUUGUAGCUUAGUGGUUAAGGGGUGUGCUACUGUUUGGAUGAUUGUGAGUUCAAAUCCCAGGUCCACCAAGCUGUCACUGCUGGGCCCCUGAGCAAGGCCCUUAACUCUCAGUUGUACAAAACGGGAUUAAAUAUAAGUUACUCUGGAUAAGUGCGUCUGCUAAAUGCUGUAAACUUAAUAUACAAGAUCAUACAUCAGUAUCCUAUAUAUUUUUUACCUCAGUCAGAAUCAGUCAGAAUCAGUUUUUUUUCUUUCGCCAAAGCUCAUUUUACUGUUAUGUUUCUUACUGUUCAAAGCUUUACAUCCUUAUAGUCUAUUACAAGACUGCUUUACAUUUAUUUUAUUUUAUUGUCUAGUGAAUAAUAGGCAAUAAUUUGCCAGUGUAUAUAUAUUUUGAAUGAGGAAAAUGUUUGAAUAUGUCUGACUUAAGUUAGAACAGCUUUAAACUAUAAACAUUCGCUCCUUCAACUUUCUCUCUUUUCAUCUCUCGUGAUCAGCUGAGAGUCUUCUGAAGCUUAUGGGUGACAUAAAAAAAAUGUAUUUGUGAUAAUGAUGAUGAUGAUGAUGAUAAUAAUAAUAAUAGUAAUAAUAAUAAUAAUAAUAAUAAUAAUUAGUAUAUUAAUUAUUAUUAGUAGUAGUAGUAGUACUAUUAUUAUUAUUAUUAUUAUGAUUAUUAUAAAGGCUAAAAACAACACUGACCUCAGAAAGAAGGUGACUAAUCACCAACCGUUCAACUAUAAUGUGAUGUGCUGCCCUCUGGUGGUCUGACAGGGAACUGCCCAAAGUAUCCAUGAUACACACAUACUGCGAUUGGCUCGUUUUAAGCCUCUGGCUCACGUGAAAUGUGAGAAAAAGGUAAUAAAUAGACAAGAUAAAAUUCUAGAAGGUGUAAGUAAGUUAAAGGCAUCUUCAACAACAGAGUGGAGGUAUUGUUAUAAAAUAAUAAUCAUUUGUAUUGUGAUAUGAAGUAUUUUCUUUCAAGUGUAAUUCUGAUUCAUACUUUUGGCACAUAAUUAACUGGACCCAUGAACGAGGCAAUGAGAUUUUUUAAAAAUUUUUUUGUAAUCCUUUAUUUGUGAUCUGUUAUAUUGCAGUAAAGUCAGUGUUCAGUUUCAACUCUAAACUGUUCCUGCGCUGCGUAUUAACAGGAAACCAUUCCUCAGAUAUAUUCUGGUUAACGUCAAUCCGACGACUUUUAUGCAUCAGUCAAAGCAGAGUGGUUAAAGAACUAUUGAAAAUAAUCGAUCACUGAGCCAAACAUCAUUAUGUUCAAAGCACAAUGAUCGUUAGGUUAUUAAAGACAAGGACAAACAUUUCAUUCCUGUUCAUUCCAUGAUUAUUUUUUUUUUUAAGAGAAGUAAAGCUCAUGCUUAUCUGCAACACGACUUUCUGCUGCACUUCCAACGCCGCUGGUCCACAAACCCUAAUUUUACUUGGUCAUAUGCACUGAAAAUAAAAGCACACAAUUUACUGA